AUGAGCUUCGAUUUAUAUAUGUUUGCGGGAGGGUACUGGUCAGCAAAAGAUACUUAUCUUGGUGAGGAGCCACAUGGAUGGCAGAAAGAGGCUCUAUUGGAGGCAAAGAGUAUCAUCGAUGAGCAGAAAGAGAAGAUUGGCGCUUUGAACAAUCAAGUACGUACACUUACUUGUGCUCUUAACCGUGAAUCUGGUGAUUCACAGGCUGGAAUAAUGGAGAAAUUUAAGGCUUUAAGUGAAGAAUGCGAAGGUUUGAAGAGAGAAGUUCUGAUCCUAACCGAGAGGAGUAACGUUCUGCGUAAUGUUCUUGUUACUUCAUCAGUUGCAUUUGCUGUCUUCAUUAGAGGAAUAAUGGUAAUGCGCUUCUAA